AGUAUUUCCACGCACAACCCGCGCCGGCCACGUGAGCUGAGUCAGCGGACCACGUGGCUGCUCACCAUCUCGUCCUUUCCAUUCUCCUUUCGAUCCAUCGCGUCUGCCGUGUCGUGGCUGAAGGAAUAUGAAUCCAACGGCAUGGCGGGAUCUUCGUUUCGGAUCUCGCAACUGGCGAUUCCAUCCGUCUGCAUCCUGAUCAGCUUCCUCGCAUACAGCUCGCAAUACUUCUUCCUGUACUUCGAGCCAGCUCCCCUCCGGGACACCGAGCUUUGGCGCCUUAAUAUCGCGGCCCUGUGCAUCUGGAUAUGCUACUAUCGAACCUGCACCGUAGAUCCUGGUCGCAUCCCCAAGAACUGGAAGCCGGUAGACAGUAAGCAACUUGAAGCUGACCGAGCCAGUGGACGGUCCCGAUGGUGCCGGAAAUGCGAGGCUUCCAAGCCGCCAAGAGCCCAUCACUGCCGCACAUGUCAAAGAUGCAUUCCGAAGAUGGAUCACCACUGCCCGUGGACAUCCAAUUGUGUCUCCCACUUCACCUUUCCUCACUUCAUCCGGUUUUUGUUCUAUGCCGUCACGGGAAUGUCUUACCUUGAGACUCUUCUGUAUGAGAGAGCGUCGAUCCUCUGGGCGUCCCGACACCGCCCAAGCUAUCUUGGUCCCAGCGCGCUGCAAAUGGCUCACCUGUUUGUUCUCUUCGUAGUCAACAGCUUCACGGUUUUCUUCUUGUUGGUCCUUCUGGGCCGGACCAUCUGGUCGCUGAGUAUCAAUACCACCACCAUUGAAGAAUGGGAAAUUGAACGGCACCAGACCUUGGUGCGUCGAUCCAGACACUUUGGGGGAUACCUAACAGGACCGGGGGGCGUCAAGAUCCGCAUCAAGAAGCAAGAAUUUCCGUAUGACAUUGGGAUCUGGUCUAAUAUCAAGGCGGGAAUGGGCGGCAGCGCGAAUGUUCUCGGCUGGUUUUGGCCAUUGGCCAGAACACCCAACCGCCAGACGGGAUUGGAGUUUGAAGUGAAUGGAUUCGAAGACCCCGACGUUACCUGGCCACCGCCCGACCCGGAUAGGAUCCCGGUUGCCCGCAUGAACGAGAGCGAGUUCUCCGUUCCGGCGAAUGCGUGGUUAAGCGACCGGGAUGCUCGUCUUCCGAACGCCGAUCAGAAAAUCCGGCGUCGCAAGCGUUUCCAUGAUAGGGUCAAGGAAGGCCCCGCUCAAAGUGACACUUCACGCGAGUCAUCGCCCAAUUAUGACACCCAGUCUGAAGAUGGCGAGGAGGGCUGGCGAAACUCUGAAGGUGAACGGCUGCGCGAUUUCGGAGUGGAAGAGGACGUCGAGUUCUACGACGAGGAGGAUAUCCCGCUAGCCAUCUUGAUGCAGCAGAGAGCACGAAACAGUGACAGUCGGCACAUGUAACCAAGCUGUUUAUGAACACAGAUCCUAUAAACAGAAAUCAUACUCUUCUCGCAAUACCCCUCAAGCGUUUGUAUCCCAGGUACUGGCUACCAUCCUCGUGUCGAGUGACGGCUGUAUAAAGAACAUCGCAAAUCUGCUGCACAACAUUCUCCCUCUUUUCCUCCGGCAGGACAUCCAGAAACGGUGCACCCAUGAGUCUAACCCAGCCAGCCAAACCCCCGUUAGCCGCGUCAGUCAGCUUCGUAGGUCGAUCCUCCAUCUCCAUCUUCUCGACGCGAAACCCGAUCGAGUCGAGUGCAUUCGUCAUCCAAGCCACCGAAGGGAAGAACCACGGGUUCACCUCCCUGGCCUUUUCGACCGAUAUGCCAUUCUGCACGAGCGCAUAGAUGAGAGCCGACUGAACCUCUGCCACAUUUCCGUGCCCGCCCAUUUCAAAAACGAAGACACCACCUGGUUUGAGACAG